AGAAGAAGAGCUCCAAGGUACCUUCUUCCCAUUGAUACCAAUUCUAGUUCUGAAGGGGAAUCAGACCCAUUGCCCACAGUUUUUAUGGAUGAAGAUAGGACUCAAGACACAGAUAAUAGCACUCCAAAUAAUAAUGCAAUGGAUGAGCAAGGAGAAGAAGAUAUCGAUAACAUUGAAGGACAUGUAGAGCCUACAGAGUCAGAAGAACAUUUGGAACAAGAUGAAGAACAUUUGGAACAAGAGGACGAGGAGGGCCAUGAAGAAGAUGAGGUUCAUCAAGGAACAUCAGAAACUCAACAAAAUUUAAUAAACUUAGAGGUACACGAUGAAGACUCUCAGUCACCUCAAUAUUAUAACUGGGGAGCUUCUGGCUACAUUCUUCCGGAGACCUUCCAGAGUAACAGUGCCCACGACCGCUAG